AUGCCUGAAAGAAACCCUGCCAGCGCCUCGCCCCAGUGCAUUCCCCCAUUCGACAGGUUUCUCAGCGCCAAGGGCGUUCACCCCGAGCACGGGGGCCGCUCCUUCUGUCUGCUGACCGAUGGUCAAGCCCACCUGCGCCAGUGCAUCCACCACGAGUGCUGCAAGAAGAACAUCCCCCUGUCCAGCUACUUCUACAAGUUCUUCGACCUGAGGAAAGAGUUCAAGAAGUUCUACAAGACGGAGCCCAUGCCAUGCUUGAAGACGAUGAUUGAUUACCUGGCCCUGGAAGAAGAUGGUUCCGUGGAGUAUGGCGUCAGACAGUGCCAGCAGAUGGCCAAGAUCCUCACCAGACUGGUCAACGAUGGUCAUACUUUUGGGGAGCCAGAAAUCAUCAACGAAAGACUGGAAGGUGGAAUAUGUAGUAAAAGUGAAUACGUGAGUGAUGGCCUUGUAGUUAGAGCAAGAGGACUACCCUGGCAGUCUUCAGAUCAAGAUAUAGCCAGAUUUUUUAAAGGCUUAAAUAUUGCCAAGGGCGGAGUAGCCCUGUGCCUGAGCCCACAAGGCAGAAGAAAUGGUGAGGCCCUGAUAAGAUUUGAAUCAGAAGAACACCGAGACUUAGCCUUGAAAAGACACAAACAUCACAUUGGUCAACGAUAUAUUGAAGUGUAUAAAGCUUCAGGAAAAGAUUUUAUCAAUGUAGCAGGAGGUAACAACUCUGAGGCUCAAGCUUUCCUGUCACGCGGUGGUCAGACCAUCAUCAGGAUGAGAGGCUUGCCGUUUACCUCCACCACCCAGCAAGUUUUGGAGUUUUUUACCCGUGAGCCCAACUCUUCCCAAGUUUUAGAUGGGGAGGAGGGAAUCCUCUUUGUUCACUACCCAGAUGGGCGCAGCACUGGCGAUGCUUUUGUUCUCUUCGCUACAGAAGAAGAAUCUGCCAAAGCCUUGAAGAAACACAGGGAAAUGAUGGGGUCCAGAUACAUCGAGUUGUUUAAAAGUACAACAGCUGAGGUCCAGCAGGUGCUCAAUAGAAGUAUGGAUCCACGCAACCCAGAACAACCAGAGAGUCAGCUGACUCCCUUAAUUGCACAGAUACCAGCAGGCAUUCCCAUCAUCCCUCAGAGUCUCAUCACAAGUGGCACUCGCAGGGAUUGUAUCCGACUCCGGAACCUGCCCAGUGCAGCUCAAGUCACAGAUAUACUCACAUUCCUUGGGGAGUUUUCCCAGUUUAUUAUUUAUCAAGGUGUACAUAUGGUUUACACUGCAACAGGUGAGGCAUCAGGAGAGGCCUUUAUACAGCUGGAUUCUGAAGAUGCUGCCACUCUGACUGCUUUAAACAGAAACAGGCGGCACAUGAUCUUUGCAAACAAGAAGCGUCUGAUUGAAGUCAUUCAGUGCAGCGGAGAGGACAUGAGCUAUGUUUUAACUAAUGGGAUGCCCCAAAUGUCCAUCACAGUGCCCUCUGCCCUCUCUGCUCCUGCAAUGCCUCCUCCAUCACCGCUAACACUACAGAGACCCAUCUUGUCACCAGUGACACCACAGACCAUCAUGACUUCAACAGCCCUAACAACAGCGGGGACCUUCCCCUACAUGUCACUCACACAGCCGAUCCCGGCCGCCUUCACCCCCACUGUGGCGCCUAUUCAGCAGAGGCCAGCCUACUACCCGCCAAUCCUCUACUGGUACCCGAGCCCUCCAGUGUCACCUCCUACACCACAAACUCCUGCCAUUACUUACUAUACCACCACCACAACAAACACUGCAGUGGGGCCGUACACCGGCCCAUGCAUGAUCAUAAUGAGAGGCUUGCCCAUUAAUGUAACAGUUCAGGAUAUAAUGAAUUAUUUUCAGGGUUUUCCUGAGGUAGGACCAGAGACAAUCAGCAUUCAAACAAAUUUGGAAGGCAGGCCAAACGGAGAUGCCUUAAUCUCAUUUGCAUCCAGAUUAGAAGCUGAACGAGCUAUUGUGGAGAAAAACAGACGACACCUAGGAAACAGAUUUAUUGAGUUGUUCAUGGCUUAGCAUCAUUAAGAUUUUACUAUGGAAAUAUUUAUAUCGCUUCAAAUAUACAUUUUUUUCUAGAAUAUUAUCGACAAAAAGAUCAGAAAUUUCUGAAAAAAUAACUAGAAAAUCAAUAAAAUUAUUCAGGUUUAGAAAACUUUAUUUUAAAAGUUGUAAAGAAUCUUUACUUGGGUUAAUAAAUAGUUUAUAAAUGUUAGGUUCAAAUAAUAUUCUAAAUUACAUGAUAAUUGUAACCGUUUUAUUCAAAGUUACUCAAUGAGCUCAUGCCAUUUUUAAUUUCUCUCGUAAGAGUUUCAGUUCUUACCAGCAGGUUGACAAAUUAUUUAUUUUUUCAAUGUUGAAAAAAAAACUUUAUCACUUCUUUAAUCUAAGCAAUUUUGCUUUUAGAAUGAUCUUUAUUCCAUGAACUUUUAGUAUUUUGUUGAGAAAAUUUUUUCUUAAAGUGCCUGAACAUUUGAUAUUAUUUAAGUGCUUUAAGUAACGCAUUUUUUAAAAAUUUGAUUUUAUUCAAAGAGAUGACUCUUAGCUGGGCACCAUUUGCCUAUAAUGAGCUGCUUGGGCCUAUAGCUGAGUGCCUUAUGCCUCUGAGAGCCACUUGUGCCUCUAGCUGAGUGCUUUAUGCCUCUAGAAUCCUUUGCAACUUCUGUUUAAAGCUAAAUAGCUUGCCGUUGUCUGAAGAUUUACACUAUUGCAUUUAAAUUGUUUAUUCUACUCAUGAUGGCUUUUUCUUCCAUUCAAUAGCAAAACUCAUAUUAAAGCCAUAAUAUGUUAACAUUGCUUAAACUCUUGAAAGUAUCAGUUAGUAUGACAUUAUUACAUAUUUUAGUUAAUGUAAUGCAAUAAGUUUUAAAGUACUGUGUUCUGUAAAGCAAUAAUUUGUUAUAAGCAAUUAGUAAAUUCCUGAAGGAAUUUUGCAAUUUAUACUUAAUAACUAACAGUACCAUAGGUGCCUUUUAUUGAGUGGAGCAUUGACAAGAAUCAAUAGCAACGAAUGAAAAUUUAAAAACCAAUUUUGAAAUCUAGCAGUUGUAUUUACAACUGUCACUUAUUAAAAAUCAUCUUUUUUUAGAAUGAUUCCAUUCUAAACAAUAGAAAAAUAUGACAAGAAUUGCUCCAGCUGUACAUUUUCUUGAAAAUGAAAUUAAGAAUAUACUGUAUAAAAACCUUUAAAUUUGAUGUGAUCUUUUUGUAUCAUGUGCAAUGUUUAAAGUGUGGGGUAUUUAUAAAACAAAAAAUUAUUAACAAAGCCAUAAAAAAGGUAAUUAAAUGAAAUUGCUAAAAAAAAAUUUAAGUUUGAUAUAUUUUCCAUAUGCUGGAAAUAGUCUAAUAACUUCAACUGGCUAUAGUUUACUUUUAACUUUAUGAAAUACAUAUUUUAAAAUUUCCCUAUAUAUUUUUUUAAAGAUUUGAACUGUUUUAAUGAUCAAUAUUUUCAUGAUCGUAGCAACAUUCCUUUAUUUACUAGAUCUAUAUACAUUUCAGAAAGUUGUUGUAAAUAAAUUUACGAUUGGACCUGUUAAUAAUAUUAAAACUUUGUACAGUUAUUUUAUUUUUUAAUACUGUCAUGUAUUAAUAUUGAUCAUGUAAGUUGGAUAUUUAAUAAAGGUAAAUUCUUUAUUUUUUUCCAAACUUAUGAAGAAAAUGGUAUAUUCACCUAAGGUGCCUUAUUAUUGUAUAAAAUGAAAUGGAAGUGUAUUUGCAUGAAAUAUGUAUUUUAAAUUAUAAAAAGAUUAUUUUUAAUUAAUUUUAAUUUAAAAUUGCUUUAUAUCAUGUGCACAUAAAAAAUUACACAUUUUAACAGUUUAACCAGAUCUCUUUAAAAAGAAAAUUUAAAAAAUCAACAUACUGCUGAAGCAUGUGAUAAAUUGUCUGUCUGCAAUAAAUGCUCACCAUUGUUUUAAAGCAAACUUUUUACCAUUUUUAUUUGAAUGGCAAGCAGCUAUUUAAUGUUUACCUAAUAAAUGAAGAAGAAAGAUUUUUUUUAAUGAAAAGUGUGUACACUCCUUAUUAAUUCUUGCUGUCGUUUUUCCUUGCAGCUUAGUGUAUGGCUAUCUAAAUUUUCUUAGACUAAAGAAGACAGUAAUCAUUAGAUUGUUUGUAUGGACUAUUCUAAACUCAGCCAAACAAUAAAUGUUAUUCAUAGUUUAGUAUCACUCACGUUUUAGAUAUUAGGACUUGCCUAACAUACAACUGUUGUUAACGCUAUAUUUUAAUUGUAGAGUAACAACUUUAACCAUCAUUAAUUUUCAUUAAAACAAACCACAAUGUUCAUGUUUUAUUUACUGCUGCACUCAUUCCAUGUGAUUAUGGCUAGUUAUUUUUAUAAUCACAUAUUGUUUAUAGAAUUGUAAUUCUUAUCAUAUUGAAAAUGUAUAAAAAAUGUUACAUGCUUAAUUUUAUAAAGUAUAAUUAUGAACUAAAAUAUUUCAGCAAUGAGGUUUUAGAAUCAUUCCAAUAAAAAAGUACUUUUUUUUAUCUUUCAGGAAUUGUGGUUUAGAUAAUUUUAGAAAACUUUAAAAAAAUAUUUUUUUAAUGAAUCAGAAAUAUAUUUUGAUUCAAAAUAUUAUCUGAAUGAAACAUUAAUUACCUUACACAAAAUAUGUAAUGUUUUAAUUUGUAUUUUUAAGUAAGGCAUUACAUAAUCAAAAGGAUCAAGUUCAUAAAAAAAAAUUCAGAUACUAAGAUGAUACAUAUUUUACAUUACUAUAAAAGCUUGUUUUUAUUGUCUUUAUAUUAUUUAAAGAAAAAGAAUUUCUAUUAUUUUUCUAUGUAAAUACCAUGUCAUUUUAUAACUAAUGCAUUUCAACAAAAAAUUGUAGAUUUGCAAAUGAGUUGUAAAAUAGUUAUUAUUCUUAAUAUAUUACUUGGUUAAUCUAGUCAAAUGUUUCUUGGUAUAACCAGUUGUGUUGAGCCUUAAAGACGAUGCACUGCUUUCUUGACAAAUGUACACACAAUAGACACCAUAAAAAUGUUUUAUUUUAUUUCUUUUUACUCAGCCUCAUCUUGGUUGUGAAAUUAUCAUAAAAAGCUGACAGAAAUACUUAUUCUUGUAUUUGUUUUUAAGCUAGUGAAAUCAUUGAAAUCAUGUAUUGAAAAUUGAAAAUCUUUAAUUGCUCAUAAAGGACAGGUUUUUUUUUUUAGAUCAGUGCAGCAAAAAAUCCUUUUAAGCGAAUCUGUAAAUAAAAACAUAUCAUGAAUUUUUUUUUUUACUAAAAUGUUUGUUGUUUUCAAGAUCACAUUCCAGCACAUCUCCCUCAACUGGAGCGUAUCUGACUUCAUUCUGUUAUUAUAUCAUUGUAUUAUUUAUUCAUUAUUUACUUUUCUAUUGAAAUUUAAUCUGUCCUCUUGAUACAAUUUUAUUCUUCGGUUACUAAUUUUAUUUUCAUUUUCUUAAAAAGUUUUUUAAAAUUUUAAUUUAACAAUCCUUAAUAAUAAUUUUUCAUCCCUCUUUUUUUUUUUCCUUGCUAAAGCUAGUUUUUUUUUUCAAUCAAAUUAUGUCAAGAAGUUUAUCAAACUAUGAUGAAAGAAGAUUGACUUUACAUGCUCACAAUAUAUAGCCUUCAGAUAUUACUCUGUGAAAUUUCUUGUUUAGCCAGUUUUAAUGCUGUCACCAUGUCUAGCCUUGAGUUUUCUACAUGGUGUUCAGUAUUCUGACACUGUUAGGCUUAUUGCCAACAACCAUUGUGCAUUAAAACUAUAGGGUGUUGUUCUUUUAUUCAGAGCUUGUGCAUUUCCUAUUCAGGUAGGGAUAAAAUAGCACUGAUCUAGCUAGCCAUUGAUUUAAAGGCUUAAUUCAAUCUAACUUUACAAAAAUAACUGUCUUUGGAUCUGACUGCUAUUUUUUUUUUAAAGACCAUACACUAUCUUAAAUUUGAUAUUAUGUAAUAUCAUACAUGAAUGUUAAAAUUUUCAUUUUCUUACCUCCCCUUUUUAGAUAUGUACAACUUCCAAUUUUGUGUGCCUUAUUUAUAAAGCUGCUACAUUUCAUUUUAAAUGUUUUAAAAUUUUGCAUUAUAUUAAUCUAAUAUCAAUUCAUUGAAUUAUCACUCAUGUAUAAAUUUAAGUAACUUUUUUUUUCAAGAAAUGAAUGCUUGUUAUUGAAAAGUCUGGUCAGUCAUUGUAGAAAUCUCAGUUCAAGCAGUCAAAAAGUGUUUUCUGUCUCAUUGUUUCAAAGGCCUGGCUGGCUUACUGGCUUGUUCAAUUAAUUUUGCAAUAAUUUGGUGCUGGGUUUAACUGUGUCCAAAAGCAGUGCUCCACAAACUUCUAAAAAUAACACAUACUGUGCCUGAAUUAAUUAAAAGCUAUAAUAAUAAUGGAAUACCUUAAUUAUGAUGAUUUAAUAAAAUUGUAUAAUUUAAUAUUUAUUUUAAAUGAGCAUUAAUAGCCUGAAACAGCUGGAAUAAUAUCAGUGCUGACUGCUGCUUUUGGAUACUAAGCCAUUUGAAGCCAUCAUAGUUUUCUGUAUUUCUGGCAAAGCUUUUGAAUGAAAAAAUAAUUUCUUAAAUAGAUGAAUUUUUUUGUGGGUUGUAACAUACCAUUAUUUUAAUGUAUGGAACUUUGUGGGUUGCAAAUCUGAUUUUUUUUUUUCUUAAACUUUUCUUUACAUUAACAUGUUCUGCUCAUGAUAACAAAAACAGACAGAUCUAAGAUGGAAUGUUGCAUGUAAUUUAACACUAUGCAAUUUGCAGAAUAAAAGACAUUUUCAUUUAUUUUUGAUUUGGUGGUGGUGCUUUAUUUACCUUGUGUUAUUUCAUUUUCUUCCUAACAUACCUUUCUCUUCAAACAUGUGUAUUAUUUCUAGUGUUGCCAGGUAGGCCAGAGUUGAUUUUAUACACUACUAAAAAUUACUUCUAAUUAACAUACUGGGCUGUGACUACCUUGCAAGCACUUGGUGUGGGAUACUAAACUUUCUUUUAAAUAUAUCUUCUUGUAUUUAAUAUAUAUUAGCUGCUCCCUACAAAUAAUACAAAAGGGAUGUAAUCAGUGCAGUUCCUGCACAUGUCUAGGCAUUAUUUAUCAUUAUUUAAAAUAUUUAUUAAAUUUAACUUGUGUGUAUGAAUGCAAUAUUGAUAAUAAUACUCCUUGUGAAAGCGUGUUAUUAUAUAAAAUAAACAGGAUCUUUUAAAAUUGACGGUUACUAUAGUAAACCUAAUACAUAAACCUGUAAUUAUUUUUAUAGGAAACAUUUCAACACUUAAUUAAAAACCGGUUCAAAUCUUAAAAAUGAUUCCACCAUGACUCUACUUAAAAAUCAAUAUUAUUAUAAGUACUAACUUAAAAAGUAAACUUAUAGGCCUACAUAACUUCUUUUAAUGAAUGCAUUUUAAAAUAAUUGACACAGACUACAGAUUAAGUGGGAAAAUUUAAUUGAAAGAAAUAGGAUAGACCUAGAUCUAUAUUUUAAAAAACUACCCAAAAAUAGCAAAAUAACACAUCUUAUUAGCAAUGUGUACAGUGUACAGUAUUCUUGUGUAAAAAAAUUAUACAUCAUGUUUUAAAAUUGCAAAUAACCACAUUAAGAAGAUGCAUCUAGCCUCUCUUUAGGGUUGUGUAAUUACUUUGUAAAUGAAUAGUAGAUAUAUUUCAUUUUAACAUAAUAUAUGUAAAUUAAUUCAUUAUAUUGCAUUCAACUUUGAUUCACUCACUGUGUCAUCAGUUUAUAAUUUAUUUAUACCAGUUACACUGGAGUUUUUCUUUGGUAUCACAUGUGCCUUUAAUAGGUUUUAAGCUAAUACACUUUAGCUCUUAACAAGCCUUAAAUCAGGUGCUACAAAGUACAUUUUUAUUGCAUAAGCAGUCAAAAAAGAAAUUGAUGUAGGCUUAUGCGAAAUCUACAAUUAUUCACUUUCCUAAGUAACUAUUCAAAGCAUUUUAUUUUAAAAAGAAAAAUCAGGAUAGUUUGAUAUAAAUUUAAAAAGUGUUUAAGGCUAUUGAAUAAUAUUUUUAAAAUAUAUUUUUAAAUUUUAUAUCUGUUUUAAAAUUAUUUUUUUAAUCUAAAAGAUAGUUAUAUCAAACAAAUAUUUUUGUGACAAUAUAAUCUUUAUAAUCGAUUUCUGUAAAUUUUUAAGAAUACAAAUUUAUUUUAUAAAUGUAAGAUAUUCAACUAUAAGUACUCUUACAAAGUUUAUUUAUCCCUACGUUUGAAUAAAAUUAACAUAUGUGAAAUAAUAUAGGAAAAAGGUUCUAAUAAAAUAAAAAAACAAAAUUUAAAUCUUGUAAAAACAUGCACCAAUACCAAUCACACUAAACUAAAUUCAGUGAUGGACCAUCCUCUGUGUUAACUGAUUAAACUUCGGUAAUUUUAUUUUUAAAUUGUCUGUAACUUGUACUAUUAUAACCAAUGAGGACUAGUUUCAGUGUGGUUAGAAAUGAAAAUUUAUAGGGUUUUGUUUUUCAAAUAAAGAUAUCUACCUGAUCUUUCUAUAUUUCAGCAAUUUUAAGUAUUUAAAAUGUAUUUAUACAGCUAUAUUGCAACAUGCAGCAUAUGCACAAGUGUUAUGUAUUUUAACAUUACCUGUUGUAUGUCUCAAGUAUGCUAAAAUAAGCUUUUUUCCUAGUCAUUUUGUUGCUAAAAGGCCUCACCUUUAAUAUUUUUUGUUUAAUUAUAACUAGAUCUAUACCUAUAAUAGUUUGUUAAAGCAAUUCAGUUAUUGCUGUUGUACAUACAUUAUUUGUGUCAUCACCACAUGAAUUAGAGAAAAAGUAAUUACAAGACAAGACAAAAUACUUUUUUAAAUUUAAUUUUGGAUGUAGCCUCAUUUGCAAUGAUGAGUGUGUAAAGGAAAUCAAGCUUACCUGUAUCUUAGUUAAAUGAAUUAUUUAUUAAAGAUAGCCAUAUUGAAUAUAUUUUUAUUGUAAAAAAAAAGUAAUAUCUAGUCCAGUUACAUAGCAAUGUAAGCAUUUAAAAAAAAUUAUUUAUUUAUCUUUUUUGUUUUACAUUCUGAUUUAGAAAUUAAUGGAGUGUGAUCUCUAUUUUCAAAACAAAUAUAUUUUAUAGACUAUGUCCUUUUAAUGAUAUCCUAUUGUAUAUUCCGUUCACUAUUAAUCACAUCAAGAUAUCCAUGACAGACAAAAAUAAGCUUUUCUCCUGUUAUAGUUUUUUUUUAAUUAUUCAUCCACUUCUAAUUUAUUAUGAUUUGCCUUUUCUCCUUUCAUUUUACUCACUUGUUACUAGAACCAUUAAAUCAAGAUGAAAAAUAAGUAUUAUAAUUAGUUACAUUUAUUCAUUGAAAAACAAAAAAAUCAUGCUUCAAUUACUGUAUUUAAAGGUACUACAAAAUCAACAAGUACUUUACAUUCAGUUAAUAAAUCUAAUAUUGAUUGCCUGAGUUAUAUACUGAAUGCCCCUAAUUUUGUUGUUAAGCAUACAGACUUUUACAUAAGAUCUGACAAAUUCUUAAUUGAUUCCUUUAUUUUUAGGCAUGCUCAUCCACUGCAUUUAGUUUAUUAAAAUAAAACAGCAAUGUUUGCCAAGAGUUCUAUGUCUCAACUCAAUAUCUACACUGCCUUAAUAAAUAAAGUAGUGCCACAC